GCCCUUCUUUUCCUCCCCACCCCCUUAGGAAGUAAAGUAGUUCUCCCUUCCUCUUUAUCUCUUUUCCCCUCGUUCUUCUGAUUUUUUUUUUUUUUUGUACUCCAUCAUCCACCUCCUCUCCCCCCCCCUCUCCACCCCAAGGAAACCCCUUUACAAGAAGAAGGACACGAUAACCUAUUUGGGAGAGGCAGCAAUCAUGAAUCCCUCCAGCUUCCAAAAGCAAGGAGGACAAACCCUCAUAUAAAUGGAGGGCACUAUUUUAUAAAAUAUAUUGUUUUUUAUAUGAUUUUUUUAAUGGACCGGAUGAUCUCCAAAUGCAACAGUGAAACCUACAGCUUUGCAGGGGAGGUAGCUGUAUCCGGUUGGGUGGCAGGCGUAUCCAGGUGGUACCAUGAAGUACUCUGUGCCCCUGGAGAGCCAGAGACUGUCCUUUCUUAUAGAAAGGGCAGUCUCUAGAGAAGCCCAGAUGUGGAAGGUGUACGUGCACAAGACCCCAACCAACCAGGAUACAGCUGUUUCUCCACACCAGCGGGAUGAAGUGAUCCAGUGGUUGGCCGAAGUGAAGCACCAGUUCCAUGUUUAUCCAGAAACCCUUGCUCUGGCCAUCAGUAUUUUGGAUCGUUUUUUAGCCUCUGUAAAGGCCCAUCCAAAAUACUUGCGGUGCAUUGCAAUCAGCUGUUUCUUCCUUGCUAGCAAGACCAUUGAAGAGGAUGAGACUAUUCCUGUCCUCAAGGUCUUGACUCAGGGAAGUUCCUGUGGCUGCUCUCCGGCUGAGGUACUUCGGAUGGAGAGGAUUAUUCUGGACAAACUGAACUGGGACCUCCACACGGCUACACCUUUGGAUUUCCUUCACAUUUUCCAUGCCAUGGCAAUGACCACCAGCCCUCAGUUGUUAGACAGGAUGCCAGAGAUAAACUCAUCGCAACAUGUGGCUCUGCUAGCCCACCAGCUUCUUCAAUGUGUUGCCUCUCACCAACUCCUGCAGUUCAAGGGCUCAAUGCUGGCACUGGCUGUCCUCAGCCUAAACAUGGAAAACCUGGUUCCUGAUUGGCUCGCUCUUACCAUCAAGUUGCUUCAGUCUGCACAGAUGGAUAGCUCCCAGCUGUUCCUCUGUCGGGAAGAGGCAGCACGGCACCUUUCACCUCUGCAGGCUUCCUUGCCUCCCAACGCUGUAUACGUCUACAGUCCUCUCAAGCAGACACUGGUGACCUGCAACAGAGGAGCGUACCAAUUCCGUCCCUCCCCUGUCCCAGGCCCAGUAGUCCACAGCCAGGGCAAAAGCAAACCAGGAGCUAUUAUGAAGGGAACAGCUUUCUUCUACCAGCGGCUGGCAGCUCCAGCUGCCUGCAAGCAUGCCUCCACCAAGCGAAAAGUGGAGCAGAUGGAAGUUGACGACUUCUAUGAUGGGAUCAAGAGGCUGUACAAUGAAGAUAGCACCAUAGAGGCUGGGAGCGUGGAGAUCGCUGCAUGCAGUAGUGGCCUGUCUAGGCAAGAGGGCAGCAUAUCCCCAUGUCCCCAGUUACAAGCAGUGUCUGUCAUGUAAUAUCAUCACUUCAUGUUGCAAGACCGCAUGCUAGAUAAGAUUCCUAUUGACACCUUCAAAUGUUGGUGGGGGUUCAUCUUCCAGUGCAGUGCAUUGGAGCCUCCAAAGCAGGAAUGGUGCUCAAAUGCUAAAUGCCAUGCCCUACCAGUUCUGGACAGGGGUCUACUAGCCCUGCCUGAUUUCUCAUGCUGCCGAUUCUUGUUCCAUCUGUCAUUUAAAUAAAAAAUAAAAAAAUUAAAACAUAAGACAAAAAGUAAAAAAUAAUCAAAACGCCCAAAAAACAACAAAAUUGUAGCAAAAUUGUUUAACUUUACUAGUGUUGUCAGUUCCACUGUGUUUUGCUGGUGUAUCUGCUGUAUUUUGUGCACCUUGACAUUUCUUGUGCGAGUCUGUUCUAUCUUGUGUUCUACAGUUGUCCUUGAGUAUUCGCUCUUAUCUUGGUCAAUGCUUUCAGUUUUCCUCUGCUUUCUUGGGAAAACUGACCUUACUUUAAAUAUUUUCCAUUCCUUUAAAAUUAACAGACAAAAUGAUAACAAUACAAAGUUAAAUAGAGUUGUUUAAUUGUAAUGCCAUGUUUAAGCCUCUCAGCUUUUUAAUUAUGUGGGUUUUAAUGAUGCCUACUGUACAAAUUAGAGGUGCUUGUGAGAAUUCAGUUUAAUUAGUUCUAGAUUUCACCUCUAUGCUUGUACUCUGUAGCAGUGGACCUUGCAGUGCAGUCAUUGCUCUACUGGUUGUAGGCUUGGUGAUGUGUAUUUUUGCAGAGUCCCUAUGACGUGGUAUCACUCGUAGAUCUGCACCCACUAUUUUAAUUCCAUUCAAACAAUAGAAAAAUUAAAUAAAAUUCACUUUUAUUUGUAGUUUUAAGAAUGCAUCAUGCUAGACUAUGGUUGGUUUUUGAAGGAUGUUAGAAUAUCUAUUCCAUAAACAUCGGAAUUUCCUUGUUUUUCACUGGGACGGUGUUAACUAGAGUAUAUUAACUUUAGAAGUGUUUAAAUGGUUAGCAAUACCUCUUCUUUGUCCCAGCAUGCCUAUUUAUUUUGUCUGUUAACCUGUAUUUUUCAUGACAACCUACCUUAGAGAUCACUGCUCAGUCUGGGGCAGGCAUGGCCGAUGGAAUCUUUACUGGUUGCAAUAAAACAUUGCCCUUA